UAUCUGUACUCCAUUAGUCUUCUACAACUUCUGCGAGAGGUGAGUUUUUCGCGUGGUUGAGUCGAUCAAAUUAACUUUUGAUACUUGAGGAUUCGCUUACCAAGACAAGUAUUUUGUGAACUUUACAUUGAUAUUGUGAUCGAAUUUGUGAUUUACCGUCUGCAGUUACUGGGUUCACUUCCGUCGUGCGGUGAACUUUCUUUGAAUCACUGAUAAUUCUAACCGGCGAAGAUGUACAUUUAAUCGCUUGGCAAGUCAGUCUGUAGUUUGACAAGCAACGGUAAACACCAACACACCACAACGGACCAAUAACAAUUUGUUGGAAUCAUGACUAUUGCAUUGGAUAGAAAACAUUCGUUAUUAUUAUUAUUUGGAGUUUUGAUAGCAUGUAUCGUCUGCACUGAAUCGUACGUACAUCGUGCAGGGAGACAUGUGUGUAGCAAUUCAGAGGUUAACCAGAAGCCAAGGAUGAUAAUUGAGUCGUAUUACCAACCAGUAUUCAAGCCUUACGUAACUAUAUGCAGCAAUGGACGUUCGAUGUGCACUCGAUACAAAGCUGUGUACCACGUCGCCUACCGAACACGUUAUACAAAGCCAGCAGUAACAAGCAAAAUCAUGUGCUGCCCUGGAUGGAAACUACCACACAAAUAUGCUACGUCAUGUACUGAACCCGUCUGUUCGUCUAAGUGCUUACACGGCGGGAAAUGCGUCUCACCCGGCAUAUGUGGUUGCCAGUCUGGAUGGACAGGGCAACACUGUGAAAAGGGUUAGUUUAUGCCAUAGAACAACAAUUUAUAUAUUAAUCUUUCGACUUUAUUUCAACUUCAGUGUUCUCCCGAAGUCGUUUUAGCCGUCAAUUUUACUGGUAAAAAUAACCGGCUAACCAGUAAAAAUUUUUAGUUUAUAAAAUAAAUUAAUACCGUAAGAUUAGGCCUAGGUAGUCACAGCAUUUUACUGUACAUAGGCCUAGCUUGUAAUUUAUUUAACUUAUUUAAUCAAAAUUUCAGAAGAUAAUAGAACUCUAUUAAGAAUUAUUUGUUUAUUAAGAAUUAUUUAUUUAACUAUAUCACGUGUAUAUAGGUAUAGCAGAUGCAGAAUUUUUAUUUUGACAAUAAUUAUGACUAACUUAUAUCUUGUAAACACAAAUGGUAUCACAGCGACAAUUUUACGUUAUAAUAAAUUUUCAGAUUUACUAUUCAAAAAGUUUAUUUCAAAAGCCAUAGAUACGUUGAUAACGUAAUUUCUGACUAAACUUUGCUGCAACGGUGUGUUAACGUUAUCUCAUAACAACCUAACCACAACGUUCACAACGGUCGCGGAUAUUAUAAUAAUUGUUUGGUUAUAAGUUACAAGAAAAUACAUUCAUCAUCAGAACUUAAUCAAAAUGGAAAAUAAUAUUUUGUUGUUAUUGUCAUUAUUAUUAUCAUCAACGUUUAUACGUUUAGGUAAAUUACCGUACUCUAAAUGUUGUUCUUAAAAUGUUCAAUUUUACUCAAUUAUGUUCACUUCACAUCAGUUUCAUGUAGGGGACCCCUUUGGAGAAAUAGUUGUCUUUUUCGCAAUUUUAGGGUUAUAAUCGGGGUUAUAUCCACGAUAUGCUCUUUUGUACUUUUAAUUAGUUUAUGUUUAGCUUUAAACGCUCAUCCGAAAGAUGGUGAUGCUAUUCAUGCGUUUUAUAUUUAACAAACACGAAAAUCAUAUUCAGAAUAAUCAAUAUAUUUUCAAAGAUCUACCGAUACAAUGUGAGGGUAUUUUAUACGCAUUAUUGAAACCACAUCGUUUCUUUAAGACUUCCCCUAUUAUAUGUAAUAAACAACACAAUAUGGUUGUCUGCUUGUGUCUGUGUUUCCGUUGGUCUACUUUGCUGUUUGUCUGUCGGAUCUCUCUGUAUUUUUUUUGCAUGUAGGCCUAUAUAAGAGGUGGAGACGAUAACUCCAUCCAAUAGGUAUAUACCGUGGUUGCACAAAGGAUAAUUUGCGCUAACACAGAGACGAAUCACUGUGGCCAAGGCUUUUGUGUACACUUUUUGUUAAAUUACACCGAUUAUCGUGGUAAGUAAAUCUGGAAAAAAAUGUUAGUCUAUAAGAUGUAUGUUAUGCCGCUUAUGAACAUAAAAUAUGAAUUGCAGUUAAUAGGUGAAAUAUUAAAGCUGGUAAUGAACCAAUGACAUAUUCAAUUAAUUGUCGUAACGCUGUAAAAACACACCAUAUUGGUUGAGCAAGCUCGGGUGCACGAUGCAUAUAGGUCAGGAUUUAUAAAGAACAAUUACUGCAAAUGUCGGAGUUCAACCAUUCUGAUCGGGAUAUUUCGGUACCAAAAUAAAUAGUUACUUAACCCAUUAAUAACUCGCUGCGUACAUUUUGUUUGUUAGAUUUAUGAGCUACAUCAAUGUUGAUGAUUUCAUUCUCGAUUUGUCUAGCCUUUAUCGGUACCGUACCGUAUAUGAAUCAUAAAACCGUGAGGCCUGGAUGUAGGGCCUUGGCUGAAAAGUGAGCCUCUUCUGCUGACGGAACAGCCUUGUGCUCACGGGAGCAUCUGUGUAUAAACAUACUCAUCGUUGUCAACUUGAAUCAUCACUAUGUGAAUAACACCAUUGUACAGGGGCUCAGGGACCUAUAACAAUUUACUACUUGCAUAGCGUUUUGUUCACUUAAGAAUUAAAAACAUUUGCAUCUAUUGCUUGUACCCCGGCGAAUUUUUCCUGCUGGUCAUCACAACCGAACCAUGUUAGGCCUACGCUAUUAUUGUGAAGUGGAAAUAAUGUAGCAAGUUUAGACAAUCUUAGACUGUACAUUAUUAUUUUUCUUAUUUUUGUUGUAUCUCAUUCUCAAAGUUAUAUGAAUAAUAUAGUAGGAAGAGGGCGCACUUCUUUUUUGGUACAAAAUGACUUAUAACCUUGUAGACACUGUUGAGGUAG